UACUUAACCAGACCAACACAAAGAGCUCAUGUAACACACACGGCGCACUGGCCCCACCCAGCAGCCGCCAGUAUAAAACCAGAGGAACCAGCUCUCAGCAACUGCAGCGACUGAGCAGAGAUCACUCGGGUUGGAGACACCUUCCUACUAUUUGUGAACAAUGCUGAAGACUGUGAAACAAGUUUUAUUUUCAUCUGGAAUUCAAAUGCCUAAUUGGACAGCAAUUGAAACGUCUACAGAUUAUGAAAUACGACAGUAUGAACCUGCAAAGUGGGUAAACACUAAGGUAACGUCUAUGAAAGACUGGGACAGUGCCAUCAGCACGGGCUUCAUGCGUCUUUUCAACUAUAUUCAAGGAAACAAUGAGAAAAAAGUAAAAGUUGAGAUGACGGCUCCAGUCACCACCUAUGUAGAACCUGGCGCGGGCCCAGCCUGUGAAUCCACCAUUACCAUUUCAUUUUACAUUCCUCCAGAGAACCAGGAUGAUCCACCUACACCUUCUGAGAGCAAUGUAUUUGUUACAGAAAGACCUGAAACAACAGUUUAUGUCCGAUCUUUUGCAGGGUUUACUAAUGGAGCAAAAAACCAAGAACAAAUGUUGAAGCUAUCAGAAUGUCUAAAACGAGAUGGAAAGGUGUUUGAUGAGAACAAUUUCUACACUGCUGGAUAUGACAGCCCGUUUAAGCUACUAAAUCGACACAAUGAGGUGUGGUUGAUAGCAAAGCAGUGACGGACUACCUUAUGAAGAGUCAUAGUGCGUGUUAAAUAGACUUACAUGUGUGUUUAUGAGAAGGAGCUCCUGAAAUCUAUUGUUACAUUUUUCUGUAUGAAAAGUUUAUUGCCCGAAAAAAAGGGUAUUGAAAUUGUUAAUAGGGGUAUCUUGAAAGUGAAUCAUUGCUAAUGAUGGUCAAAUAAGUAUGCUGUUACUUGGAAUUUCUAGGUGCAGGGGAAAACAGAAGCCUCCUAGAUUUGAUGGUUAGUGCUGACUGUGGCAUCUAUGUAGUUAGACAAAGGGAGGGUUCCUCAUCUGUCACCCCGUUGGCACCCUGUAUUGCAAUCAUGGGUUGCAAUGGCAGCCAGAGGCCUAAAAUAAGCCUUUACGCCAACCACAGCUAUAUUAUUGACAGGCAGCAAUGACUUGGUAUACUGAGCAUAGCAAAAUCAUUAUAUAAUUUAUCAAUAGAUCGCCUAGUAAUACCUAAAAAUAAAAAAUAUUUUUAUAUUCUAAAGAGGUUA